AUGUACUUAUUAAUUUUUACCAUAUUAGGCAUGUUUCGAUUUGAUGAAGAUAACCAGUUUUACUGGUUCAACUCGGUGUCCCUAGAAUCAGAGGAGCAAUACAGACUGAUUGGUAUCCUCCUGGGACUGGCCAUAUACAACAAUGUUAUACUGGACGUGAGGUUCCCUAUGAUAGUCUAUCAUAAACUGAUUGGAUGUACUCCUGUCUUUAAAGACCUUUACUCAUCUCAUCCAGUUAUAGCCAAGUCUCUACAGUCAAUGUUGGAUUUUGAAGGAACUGAUGAUGAGUUUCAGGACACAUACAUGGCCACAUUCUCCAUUACUUAUUCCGACAUGUUUGUAAUGGUACAAUCAACUGACCUCAAAGAAAAUGGAGACAAAAUACCAGUCACACUAGAGAACAGACAAGAAUAUGUUGAUCUUUAUACUGAUUGGUUGUUAAAUAAAUCGAUUGCUAAACAGUUUGAUGCCUUUAAGAAAGGGUUUGAUCUCGUAAUGAAGGACAAACACUUAGCAGAUCUCUUCACUGCGGAGGAGGUGGAGAUGUUAGUGUGUGGAAGCAAGGAAUGGGAUUUCAAUUCGCUGGAGGAGAACACUCGUUACGAUGGGUUUUCAAAAUCACACUCCGUCAUCAUUAAUUUCUGGGAGGUGUUUUACGAGUUUAAUGAAGACGAGAAGAAGCAGCUGCUAGCUUUUGUGACCGGAUCUGAUCGAGUGCCAGUAGGUGGACUAUCCAACCUUAAACUGGUCAUUGUUAAGAAUGGACCUGACUCUGACAGGUAU